CUACUGCACAUGCUGCAUCAAUCCGUUUGGUAUUAUGGUAGCAUUGGCGUGCAAGUAUGACUUGGAAUUUCUCCACUUUGACGUUGAGCAAGCGUUUGCUCAGUCGGAGUUGGAUCACGAGUUCUUCAUGAAGUUGCCUCCUGGCUGCAAGUCGAUGUCGGCAUUGGUCGUCCGCGUAGACAAGAGUUUGGAUGGACUGAGGCAGGCAUGUAGAAAAAUUCACAAGAGACUUGUGUCGAACCUGAAGCGGAUUAGUGUCGAACAAUCUCUAUCUGACCCCUGUGUUGUGCGUUUCAUGAUGAGAAACGAGGUGAUAGGUAUGAUCGCGAUUCAUGUGGAUGACAUCCUGCAUGGAGGAAUUGAGAGCCUUGCCAAGAUAGUUGUGCAAGCUCUAGGUGACUCUUUUACACGAAGAGUUUUGGCGAGGUCAAAUUCUUUCUUGGUUGCGCAUUUAGUCGCGACCGCGAAGCUGGCACGAUUGACAUGUCUCAAGAGAGUUGCAUCAGGAGUGUUCUCGAGAGAUUCAAUAUUUGUCGCACCAGCUCGAUCCCUGCUUCCCCUGUUAGUGAUUACAGGCCCGUGAUGGAGGAGGAGAAGGCAGGGGAUGUGCCGUUCCGAGAGGUGGUGGGGAGCCUGAUGUGGAUCGCCAACCAGACGAGGCCCGACAUCUCAAAUGCUGUGCGGGCGGUGGCGAGGCACUCAUACGAGCCAAAGAAAAGCCACUGAAAGGCGGACCAGAAGAUUCUAAAUUAUCUUCUGGAGACGGCAUAUCUAACUUUGAAGUACAAGCAAGACACUAUGGUAGGCGUAGGCACGUUGGUGCACGUAAAACGCAGACUUCGCCAGUAAGGCCAUUGACCGAAGAUCAGUUUCGGGAGCAUUAGUUCUUGUAGCUGACUGUCUUGUUGCUUGGAUUUCCAGGACGCAGAAAUGUAUCACACUUUCAACAGCUGAAGCAGAGUAUGUUGCGAUGGGUGACGGUGUAAAAGAGGCUCUGUUUGUCAACGGAAUGCUCGAGUUCUUGAGGCCUAGUGAUUCAUUGGUAAGAUUCAGAUGCGCGGGCCUCCAGGCCGUCGGUGUAGGCAGAAAUGUCCGUCUAAUCUUUGUGCGCGGAGGCAGACGUCAUCAGAAAGUUGGACGGGCACUAUGUACACGGCCCUAGGUUUGCUAGAGGGAGCUGUACUGUCUCGGUAACCUGGUUUUGCCAUCAAAGGAGGAGGGGACAGGUGGUGACGAGCUGAUUGGGCUGGUUGACCCUUCGGCGCCAGAAUUUUUAGACCAAGAACCCUAAGUGCAACGAGGGAGAAAGCGAGGAACCGACUGGGAUGGACAGCAACGAGAGCGUGUACGAAGCGGAGCGGGUCGAGUUUGGUCGUGCUAGGACUGGCCACAGCGGCACCGGAGCAGCGGCACCGGAGCAGUGGCACCGGAGCAGCGGAACCGGAGCAGGCGGACGGCAUCGAACCGUGGCGCACGGACAAACAUCUCUUGUGUUCUCAAUUAUUUUUCCGUUUUUUCCCUGAAUACAAGUGUUGUGUGUGUGUGAUGACGUCACUGGUUUUGUGGAGAGGCGCGGCAGAGAUGGCGUGGAUAACCCGGGUGCCUUUAUUGUGUACCUGCAUCGUGGAAGACCCCUUCAAUGUGGAACGAUUCCUGGUCAGUGUCGAUGUUUACACUGCUGUGCCUAACACAGAUGAUCUGGAUAGAUUUGGGUGAUUGUCAAUUGCAAUGACGGCUUUGGUUGGGUGUUGUUCUUCGUUGCAUGUCCACGGACUCAUUCUGACAGCACUUCAGACAGCAGCUGCAUGCCCCGAGCUUGUGUACCAUGCACCAUGGUGCUAUUGUACAGACAGCACUUCAGACAGAAGUACGCUGUAGUCGACAAACAUUCAUUUGGUUAAAUGCGGGACAAGGGGGGUGAUGCUGCGGCUGUAGUCGAUUUGUAAUGUGUGGGCGUGUAGUUCAGUUGUGAGCAUGCAAACGUGCUGCAGGGAUUGCAGGUGUACCUCCUAGGGCUUGCGUGCCCUUUUCUUGCUAAUAGUGUGUGUGUUCUUUAGAUCUUCUGAUGGCUUCAGCAUUUUUGUGACCACGGACCGAGUCUUUGCUAGAUUUUGGGAUUAGCAACUGACACGAGU